GCGAAUUCAACGAACGGCGUGUUUGCUGUGUUUUUCUUUAAAACAAAUUUAAAAAAGUCUGAAAUACUUUGUACCCAGUUAUCGUAAUGAUCUAGACGUAUUUCCGUCAUUUGCGUGGAUAAAAGUGAGUCUUUUUAUCGUUGCUGCGAAAUAAUAUUUUCAGUUAUACUCAAAGAGGUUGCAGUUACGAACGCAGCCGCAAGUCCGAAAAUCCUGGGAGAGCGAGGUAGUCGCACAUCGUGUAUUUACGUCUGUUAUCCAGUAUCCAACACAGUCAGGCGAAUAUAACUUUUGACAAUGUAUGCGUAGCUGUCAGGAGCAUAUUCAUUACUAUAUUUUCCUUUUAGGAUAACUGCAUAACAUUUUCAUACUUUAUUUGUACUACUAGUAACAGGGGUCGACACACUCGUUAAGGCUUUGAAACGACCAUUUGAAUCCUCUUUAGAAUCAUACGGUAUAUACCUAGCUGUGAAAUCGGUACUUUGGCCUUUACUGCACAUUCGAUCUAAGUUAUGUUACUUGCAUACAUGCACCUAUAUAUCCCAAUUUUCCAAGGAAAUGCCCUUUGAUAUCUUUAAAGACCGAGGACUUGGCUUAACAAUUUAUCUUUAUAAAUCACAUCAUGCAGGCAGAAAUUUCCCUCAAGAAGCCUAAAAUGAUGCCAUAUUUCUUCAUCUUCAAUAUCUUGGUUGUCAUAAUUUCUUCAGGCUUGGCCAAACGAGAUGAAUUUCGACACAUUCCUCACGGAUCGAAGCCAACAAUCAUAUGGUGGACGCCUGACACGUUUCCUCACAGCAGAAAAGAAAAAUCAUCUCAUAACAUUAAAUGUAAUGCUGGUCCUUGCAUCACUACUGUUGACAGACAAUUAGUUAACAACUCGAUUCCUCAAGCAUUCAUGUUCUAUGGAACAGAUUUCCGUGCCAAUGAUCUUCCACUUCCACGGUAUCCAUGGCAACAUUGGGCGUUGUUUCAUGAAGAAUCACCAAAAAACAAUUGGAUUCUUAGUCAUGAAGAUUGUAUAAGAUUAUUCAACUACACUGCUACAUUUAGUCCCAAGUCUGACUAUCCAGUCACAUCACAGUAUAUAAAGGACCCAAAAGAAUGGGCUGAAAGACCUGCUGUUUCCACUAUUGACAAAAACAGAUAUCAACAUGAAGAAGGCCUGGCUCCGAUAGUGUACGUCCAACGAGAUUGCAACCCUCCAUCGGAUCGUGACCGCUAUAUUAAAGAGCUCAUGAAGUACAUUGACAUCGACUCGUAUGGACCUUGUUUGAACAAUAAAAAAAUCCCCGAAAAUAUUGAUGGGUUCCAUAAUUUUGAUAGUCCUGAUUUUCACGCCUUCUUAGCAAAAUACAAAUUCAAUAUCGCUUUUGAAAACGCCAUAUGCGAUGGAUACAUGACAGAAAAGCUGUUUCGUCCCCUUAAGGCCGGAAGUAUUCCAAUUUAUAUGGGCUCUCCUUCGGCGAAAGACUGGUUACCGAACGAAAACUCCGCCGUAUUUGCAUCCGACUUUCCAGGACCUAAGCAACUGGCACAUUUUUUACACGAUUUAAAUCACGAAGAUGAGGUAUACAACACGCAUCUAGUGCACAAGAAGCCGGGGGGGAUUUACAAUAAGGCAUUGUUCGCCGGAAUAGAACAGAGAGGUUGGCGCCUUCUUGGGGAUUGGGACAAGGAUAACUUUGGUCAUAGAAUGUAUGCCGGUUAUGAGUGUUAUGUUUGUGAUCGGUUGUACAAAUGGAACGAUACACUGAGUAAGCACCUGAAAAACCCGCAAACAGCUGCUCCACCUGCCAGUAAGAUUGGAGAUAAUUCUCAUCUAGGCUGUCCUGAGCCAAAGCCAUUGAUUCCUAUGGAAGGCCGGUUUCCACAAUCAUUUUCCUAUUGGCAAGGCUUACGCGAGGCUAAAGCAUUGUACGAAAUGAUCCUGAACCGAGAAAAAGAUUCCAGGAAAUUUAUUGGAAAAUAUCUAAAGUUGAGCACUGAUAAAUACCACGUGCCAAAAGAUGAAUUGUAAAAUAUAGCACACGGAAACAAAUAAUUUGCUCAUCGGUAAAAUCUUUGCAAGUUUAAAUU